AUGUCAGUUGAGCUGCAAGGAGACGAAGAGGAAAAUCGUCCACCUGACAUUGUACUUGGAAGCAUUUUAAACUCAAUUCAAGCAGCAGACUCCGCCAGAGAGCGAUCUGAGCUUAUUCGAGAAGGUCUUCACGAACUGGCUCGAACUGUAAUCGCCAUUACAUUAUUCACUCUGCUGCUUUGCGUUGGUAUUAUGGAGUUUGCAGUUGGUGUAAUCAAAGCGGGUUCGUGUCCCAUCAACCGCUACAUACCUAUAUGGUUAAUAGUAUCAGGGGCAGUAAGCUGCGUUCGUAAUAUCGCUGGAAUUGUGUUUUCCAUAAUGGAAUCAAGGAAUUAUUAUGAAGGGUUACUCCUCUCGAGCAAACUCGGACUCCACCCAUGUGACUUGGUGAAAGGAGUUCCUCUAUGUGAGCAGUUUACCAGCAAUGGGGCACGGAGGGCAGCUGGCUAA